ACGCCCAGGGCAGGAAAUACACGUAAGUCGUCAUCUCAUUUGCCGGGUCCUUUUUUGCUUCAUGCUGUCCUCGAUGUUGUGCAACAGCCACAACGUGCACGAAUGUGUGGUUUUGGAGACAAGGACCGCCGUCCCAUCACCCCUCCACCCUGUGUACGACUGAUUGUGACGGACGAGAACACGGGCAAAGAAAUUGAUUGCAACGAGAUCGAGUAUGGCAUGUAUGUCCUGAAUGUGGACUUGUGGGACGAACAUGCGCUCAAGGAGGUCAAUCUUGUUCGGCACACGACAGCUUCACCUUCCAUCUCUUCGACUUCGCCAGCUUCCUAUGCUCAGAUGGAAUCAACACCGGCAUACUCAAACAUUCUGCCCUCCAACAUCCCGCCGAGGGAUGUGGGAUACGGGCAGGUGUACCCACCCCCCGGACAAGCCGUCGGUCCUUAUGGGAUGCAACCAGCAUAUGGAGGUGCGCAAUCAUCCGCAAGACUUGUUGAUGCAUUUUAA